AUGAUCGAUCCUGUGAUGAUGGUUGAUGACGGAGGAAAGUUUAAGGAAGAUAAGAAGAUGAAUGUUGAAGAAUCUGGAGAAACAUGGAGCAACAUGGUUCUGAAAAAGCUUCUUCGUCCAGCAAGGUACUUCGACCCUCCCGACGAAGCUGGUUCAAUGACUGAUUCCUCUUGUGAUAGCUGUGGGGAGCAAGAUGAUGAAAAUCCCUCUAGGAAGCGUUGCUUUAUAUGCGCUAGUUUCGAGCAUGUCGGGGAACAGUGUUCAAUGGGACACGACUCUUGUCCUAACGACGGGUCCGUUUGCUUAAGAUGCGGAGACAUGGGACAUGAUAUGUCUUUGUGCAAGUACGAAUACUCCGAGGAUGAUCUCAAGGAUGUGCGAUGUUAUGUCUGUAAAAGCUUUGGCCACAUGUGCUGCGGCGAGUUGAUCUCGUCGUCAUCGUGGGCAGUGUCUUGCUACAAGUGUGGUAAACUGGGUCAUGUCGGGCUGGGGUGUGGUAGACACUACGAGGAGCCUCCCACGUGUUGGGGGAAAAGGCAUUGUUCGAGUAGAUUAGCUGAGAAGAAAAGGAGACGUCUUACGAAGGCUCUUGCUACUUCUGCGGCCAUUAGGGAUAGGCUUGAGAAGAAGAAGCAGGUGAUACUGGAACAACAACAACAUCAGCAGCAUUCCACUCUUGAUGAAUCCAACGGGAAUGUUGAGAAGAGUGAUGGAAACUUUGAAGAGGGUUCUACUUCCCACGGGAAGAAGAAUGAUGGAAACUCGGAACAGCAUUGUACUCUUGAUGGGAAGACGAAGAAGGAUAAAGUUGAGUCGGAACAGAAGGUUAGUAAAGAAGAAGAGGAAGAUGAAUCAAAUGAUUGGAUAACAGAGGGUUUGGUCUUUGGAAAGCAUCAGAAGGCUGAGUUCUCCCAUUACACCAUCAGGUCAUAA